AUGUGGAGAUGCAUUGAUUGCAUGGAACUCAACGAGCAAGUGGGGGAUUCGGCGAAGGAAGCUCGUAACAUGGCGGAUAGCGAGGAAGGCUUCGGGCUGCCCAGCACGCCGGCCGAUCCGGAGGCCAAGGAGCUGCAGGCCGAGGGCAAGCAGGACACGCAGCUGGGCAACACCAGCAAGUCACCCACCUCACCCCAGGCAGCCUUCACCCAGCAGGGCAUGGAGGGCAUCAAGGUGUUUUUGCACGAACGCGAGCUGUGGCUGAAAUUCCACGAAGUGGGCACGGAGAUGAUCAUAACAAAGGCCGGGAGGCGGAUGUUCCCCAGUUACAAAGUGAAGGUCACUGGACUCAAUCCAAAGACGAAGUACAUCCUGCUGAUGGAUAUUGUACCGGCGGAUGACCACAGAUACAAAUUCGCGGAUAAUAAAUGGUCGGUGACAGGCAAGGCAGAGCCGGCCAUGCCCGGCAGGCUGUACGUGCACCCCGACUCCCCCGCCACCGGAGCGCACUGGAUGAGGCAGCUGGUUUCCUUCCAGAAGCUCAAACUCACCAACAACCACCUGGAUCCCUUCGGACAUAUCAUCCUGAACUCCAUGCACAAAUACCAGCCCCGGCUUCACAUCGUGAAAGCGGACGAGAACAACGGCUUCGGCUCCAAGAACACCGCCUUCUGCACCCACGUCUUCCCGGAGACCGCCUUCAUCGCCGUCACCUCCUACCAAAACCACAAGAUCACCCAGCUGAAGAUUGAGAACAACCCCUUUGCCAAAGGCUUCCGUGGCAGUGAUGACAUGGAGCUCCACAGGAUGUCCAGGAUGCAGAGUAAAGAGUACCCGGUUGUUCCCAGGAGCACAGUGAGACAAAAAGUGUCCUCGAAUCACAGCCCCUUCAGCGGUGAGACCAGGGUCCUUUCUGCCUCCUCCAACCUGGGCUCCCAGUACCAGUGUGAGAAUGGGGUGUCCAGCACCUCCCAGGACCUGCUGCCUCCUGCCAACCCCUACCCCAUCUCCCAGGAGCACGGCCAGAUCUACCACUGCACCAAGAGAAAAGAUGAGGAAUGUUCCACCACCGAGCAUCCCUACAAGAAGCCCUACAUGGAAACCUCUCCAGCAGACGAGGACCCUUUCUACAGGUCCAGCUACCCUCAGCAGCAGGGACUGAACACGUCGUACAGGACUGAGUCGGCGCAGCGCCAGGCCUGCAUGUACGCCAGCUCUGCGCCGCCCACGGAGCCCGUGCCCAGCCUGGAGGACAUCAGCUGUAACACGUGGCCCAGCGUGCCCUCGUACAGCAGUUGCACAGUGUCUGCCAUGCAGCCCAUGGACAGGUUACCCUACCAGCAUUUCUCUGCCCACUUCACCUCGGGGCCGCUCAUGCCCCGCCUGGGCAGCGUGGCCAACCACACGUCGCCCCAAAUCGCAGACACCCACAGCAUGUUCCAGCACCAAAGCUCUCACCAGCCCAUCGUCAGGCAGUGUGGACCUCAAACGGGCAUCCAGUCCCCUCCCAGCAGCCUCCAGCCGGCAGAAUUCCUCUAUUCCCACGGCGUGCCUCGAACCCUGUCGCCCCACCAGUACCACUCGGUGCACGGCGUGGGGAUGGUGCCAGAGUGGAGUGAGAACAGCUAA